UUCCCUAGUUCCGGGGAAAGUAGUUCUGGGAGCUAAAAGACCCCAGAACUCUUGGUCGAAAUGUACCUAUAAAUGGUUAUAAAAACUCACAGUAGCUUUAAUGUUGAACAUAGGGUGGCUGUAUAGGCUGGAAAACUCAAUUAAAUUAAUGUGUCCAGUUUAACCCGAAUCACCAUAUAACUUUUACCUAUGGAAAACAAAACAAAAAAACUCUUACAUUAAAGUAAUCAAAAUAUAACUCGUUGUCUUUUGUACAUAUGUUGUAUACAAGUGUGUAGGUCGUGGCGUUGUACGGCUCAAUGUAAAGGCUACUGUGGCUUUAAAGGGGUGUUGGUUGGUUGAGAGGUAACAGAUAGGUUUAAUUUCGUCGCUAAGAACCAAGAACACAUCGUGUAUCUCGGAGCAUCUUCCUCGCCUUUUUCUCCCCCUCUGUUGUCCAUAUUGCCUUCAAGAAAUCCUCCACGAAGCUGUGCGUGGCAGCAGCACCACCCCACACCCGGAGCGAUGGGAGAGGCCGAGACGCGCCAGAAAUUACUGCGCAAUGUGAAGAAAGAGGUGAAACAAAUUAUGGAGGAGGCUGUAACGAGGAAAUUUGUGCAUGCAGACAGCAGCCACAUCAUAUCCUUCUGUGCUGUAGUGGAAGCCUGCGUGCUCCAUGGACUGAAGCGGCGUAUAGCAGGCCUGCUGUGCAGUAACAAGGUCGCGGCGCUCUUUAUGAAGGCGGCAAAGAGCUGUUCGCCUGCUGAGGAGUUGUGCCACAAGGUCCAGGAGCUGGAGCAGCUGAUUGAAAACAGCAAGCAGAAUAAUUCACUGAGUAUUGAGCGCAGUCGACAGUCGAAGUUGGCCAACCUGCCUCCUCAGGCACUCAGACACCUGUGGAUCCGGACAGCACUGAUGGAGAAACUUCUGGACAAGAUUGUCUUGUACUUGGUGGAGAACAGCAGUGCCUUCUAUGAGAGAGAAGCCAUGCUGAUGGAUCCUGUGGAUGGCCCGAUUCUUGCUUCUCUGUUAGUUGGCCCUUGUGCUUUGGAGUACACCAAAGUUAAGACUGCAGACCAUUUCUGGACCGACCCGUCUGCUGACGAGCUCGUACAGCGACAUCGUAUCCACAGCGGCCACUGUCGACAGGAUUCCCCCUCCAGACGGCCUGCACUGAUCCAGAAGAGACAGUCCAGUGGUAGCAUGGAUGAUCGCCCGCUCAUGUGGGUGAGGGAUUACGUUGAAUCCCUCCACCAAAACUCCAGAGCCACACUCCUGUUUGGAAAGAACAACGUCCUGGUGCAGCCGAGAGACGACAUGGAGGCCAUCCCAGGCUACCUCUCUCUGCAUCAAACUGCAGAGCUCAUGACACUGAAGUGGACGCCCAAUCAGCUGAUGAACGGCAACAUGGGGGAGCUCGAAUCUGAGAAAAGCGUGUAUUGGGAUUAUGCCAUGACGAUUCGUUUAGAGGAGAUUGUGUAUCUCCACUGUCAUCAGCAAGUGAACAGCGGUGGUACAGUAGUGUUGGUGAGCCAGGAUGGGAUCCAGAGACCUCCUCUACAUUUCCCCAAAGGAGGCCACCUCCUGCAGUUCCUCACCUGCCUAGAGACUGGCCUCCUGCCUCACGGACAGCUGGACCCUCCUCUGUGGAACCAGAGAGGAAAGGGAAAGGUUUUCCCCAAGCUGCGAAAAAGGAGUCCACACGGCUCCUGUGAUUCUGUAUCAGAUAAGGAGGAUGAGGAAGCGACCGAUUAUGUGUUUCGGAUCCUCUUUCCCGGCAAUCAGAUGGAGUUCAUGGCUCUGGAGCUGAUGGAUCAGGGUGUGACCCUGUGGCAGCCAACACCCAGAAAGUCUUCGUGCUCCUCGUGCUCACAGAACGGCUCCUCUGAUGGCUCCCUGCCUAACGGCUGUAACCAGGAAAGAGCUCCCUUAAAGCUUCUGUGUGACACUAUGAAGUACCAGAUUAUCUCCCGUGCUUUCUAUGGAUGGCUUGCAUACUGCCGUCACCUGUCCACAGUUCGUAUCCACCUUUCUGCGCUGGUGAACACCACUAUAGUCGACCCUGACGUGGCACGCACUGCCCGAGACGGCCUCUCUGUGGAGGUCUGGUCCAGAUUCCUCAAAGACAGCUCUGCCUAUGAGGAAAAGGAGAUUCACCGGCUUGUGUAUUUCGGUGGUGUGGCUCCUUCACUCCGUAAAGAGGUCUGGCCCUUCCUGUUGGGGCACUAUCAGUUCACCAUGACUGAGAAAUCCAGGCUGGAGAUCGAUGAGCGUAUGCAGACUAUGUACGAGCAGAAGAUGAAGGAGUGGAAAGGUUGUGAGGCCAUCGUCCGCCAGAGGGAGAGAGAGAAACAUGCUGAGGCUCUCGCCAGAUGUUCGUCUGGAGCCAGCGUGGAGCGAGGACCAGUGCAGCGGGAUUCCACCAUCAGUACAGAUGCAAGUUUGUUUUCUUUAGCAUGCAAUGUGUCGUCUCUAAGCAGCAGCUCAGACCCACAGAACGUCAACUCACAGAGUGAAUCCAGCAGCAGUGCACAGGUCUUUGGAUCAGUCGAGGCUGUAGAUCAGAUUGAGACUGAACCCAAAUCUGAGGGAGGAGAAGAUCAGCACAGUAGUCCAGUGAAAGAAGGAACAAGUGGAACUACAGACAACCCACAAUUGCCCUCCUGCAACCCUUCCUCCCCUGGUCCAUCAGAUCAGCAUCCAGCUUCAGAAAACAAACCUGUCGUAACGGAGUCAGCUGUUGCAUCUGAAUCAACUCUGCAGCCAGAGGAAGCAUCAGAAGUCCUAAAUGAGAAAACAACAACAGCGUCAGAGCCAUCAGGAGAGGAUGUGAAGGAGCCAGUAGAAAAGGACAAAGUUUUAGAGACAACAGUGGAGGCAGUUUCAGAAAGCGACAUGGUAAAGGACUCACUAGAGGCUUCCGAAUCAAAGGAAAAACCUGAAUCAGAGAAAGAUGCAAGUGAAACAAAGGAGCAAUCUGAGGAUGUAAAAACAGUGGACACUAAUAUGAAUUUAAGAUCUGCUCCAGAGACCACAAACGUCCUAACGCUAGAAACAGAGAUUCAUAAUGAGUAUUUUCAGGCACCUCCUCUGGGACAGACUUUGACUUUACAAGCACAAAACAGGAAAGAUCUAGAUGUGGAGCCAGAAUGUUCGACUACAACAGCAGACGAUAAAAGUCCAGGAAGCAAAAUAGAGGCAGAGAUUCCUGAAAAACCUGAGACAACUUCUGAAAAAUCACAAAUUUUAAAAGCCACUUCUGUAGAGUCAGAGAGGAAGGAUGCUGAGGAACUAUUAUGUGAUGUUUUUGAAACAAAAAGAGCUUCAGAAAUCCCAUUUGAUAAACUUGGUUCAAAUUCUCCUGUCAGACAAGUACUGAAUGUCCUUCAGUCAGCGUCUCUUUCACUAUCGUCUCACUCCCGGCAGUCUCCGGACACGGCCGAUUCGGAUGACUCACCCUCAGCCCUGGAAAUGGAGGACAUUCCUUCAGGGAUAACAUGUGUGAACUCUGAGGAUCUGAAACCCAGGCUUUUGACGGGACUUGCUGCCCCUCCUGUCUCCCUGGCACAGAGAGAGAAAAUGGCAUCAGUGGAUUUUGUUCUGGAUCACCAACUGGACACCAGUCCUGAGGGCACCGACCUGGGUCUGUCUGAGGAGGAGCCGGAGAUGGAAAAUGUGCUCGCUGAGGCUGAGGCUGAGGCUGAGGCUGAAAGUGAGGCUGAGGCUGAAGCUGAGGCUGAGGCCGAGGCUGAGGCUGAGGCUGAGGCUGAGGCUAAGGCUAAGGCUGAGUCUACAGAGGCGGGAGGAGAGACAAAACACAAUGAAUCCUCAGAAGAGCAGACUUAUUCUCAAGAAACACUGGACAUGUACCUGAUUAAUUUACACCGCAUUGACAAAGAUGUCAGACGCUGUGACAGAGCAUACUGGUACUUCACCACUGAAAACCUGGAUAAGCUGCGGAACAUCAUGUGCAGUUAUGUGUGGCAGCAUCUGGAUACAGGGUACGUCCAGGGCAUGUGUGACAUUCUCGCUCCCUUGCUGGUUAUUCUGGACGAUGAGGUCAUGGCUUUUAGCUGCUUCACGGAGCUGAUGAAGAGGAUGAACCAGAACUUUCCUCAUGGAGGUGCCAUGGACUCUCACUUUGCAAACAUGCGUUCUCUCAUCCAGAUCCUGGACUCUGAGCUGUUUGAACUGAUGCAACAGAACGGAGACUACACUCACUUCUACUUCUGCUAUCGCUGGUUUCUACUGGACUUUAAAAGAGAAAUGGUGUAUGAUGAUGUCUUCUCUGUGUGGGAAACAAUCUGGGCAGCCAAGUACACGUCCUCAGAGCACUUUGUGCUUUUUAUCGCUCUGGCACUUGUGGAGAUGUAUAGAGACAUCAUCCUGGAAAACAACAUGGACUUCACGGACAUUAUCAAGUUCUUCAAUGAAAUGGCCGAGCGACACAACGUCCCACAGAUGCUGCUGAUGGCUCGAGAGUUGGUCCACAAAGUGCAGACGCUCAUAGAAAACAAGUGAUGCAGGAGGCUGCUCUUCUGUUGCUCCCACAUUUCUUCCUGCUAAUUUGUUUCGAGCUACUGACACAAACACAUACUGUAAUGGUCACAGAAGAAACAAAUUAGCAGUAGAGAAAUGCAGAGGGUUAAGUACGGCGACGAAAAAUGGUGAUUAAAGCUGCUCGUUCUUCUAAGUAGGUGUAUAACAACCUUUUCUAAUUGCCCCUGUCAGUAUGCAGGAGAUGCAACUAUUGCCAGUGAAUUUAUUUUGAAAGUGUUGUUGUUCACCCAGUGAAUGUACCCUUGUUGAAACUGCUUAAGGAUGUGGUUUUAUUUUGCCUUAAAUUUAGCUAUUUUUCAGGGAUAUUGCAACCAAAUUUCUCCCUGUAUUGUUACAUACUUUUUAUCACAAGUUCAAUUUGAGUCAGUUUUACCCAUCAUACAUCUUGUGGAACACUUGAAUAUAUUUUCAGUAUUGUGUUUAUUUUGCUGAAAUUGUAGCUACAAUGAUAAAACAUCUUGUGAUGCAACUGAGUAUAUUUUUGGUGAUGAUAUCUGGCAUUGUUGGAUAAUUUGGUCUUGCAAAUAUCAGAGGUUCGUUUAGAAAUCAGCCCUGGGCCUGUGAAGUCAAAGUAGCAUGUGUGGUUUGCUUCCAUAGCUAUUUUGGGGGAUUUGAUGGUCUUCUCCCUGUGUUUGCCUCUGAUGCACACAAGCUUGCAGGAUAUCCUGAUUGAUCAUGUGACCUUUCUGUACAAACUGAGUGCAUGAUUGCACAUAGUUUGCAUAUACAGUGUUGCCUUUUCCUCUGGUACUCAUUCUGUGUGCUCCUUCUAUCUCUGAUCUUCACUAUGCAUUGUUUUAUGUGCGAUUCAACCAGCGUGUUUUCAACCCUUGACCCGUGGUCUGGCCUUUCUUUCUGUUCCUCUCUGGAAUCAGCAAAGGGUUAAUGUUGACACUAAGUAAAUUCUUCUUACCUUGAAUAACAAGCUGUAGAAUUCAGCUUCUGCACACUAUGCAGAGCUGCUACAUUCAUGUCUCUUGCAGAAUUGUGAAAGCUGCUGCAAGGGUUCAUGUAAACAAAGUGAUGACAGUAAAAGCAGCAAACUUUUAGAGUCUACUCCUUUUGUCAUCUCCAAGAGGUCAGUCCCCAAGGUCGUUCUUUUUUGCCUUGUUUGUGAUGUUAGUUAUGCACAAACUUCUCCUUUAUGUGACGGUGCAUUUCUCUUCAUUAUUACCUCAAGAUCUCUUUUUUCACACCUGAUUAAAUGGAGCUAUGCUUGGGUACCACUUAACCCUUUUUCUGAGGCUUAAGCCAGUAACAUACUCAUGAAACCACUAUCACAGUCCUCUAAAUACCAGAUGGUCAAGUUUUACAUUUAAGGUGGAUUCUGUGGUAGCUCGUCAGUGAUGUGCAGCCAUGCAGAUGCUUCAGUUUCAUGUGUGGUUUUACCAAAUACAGUGGAGAAUAGUUGAACUUCAUUAGUUCUCUAAAAACAGACACUUAGAAGAAUAUGUCUUUAGCGAUUGCGAGUCUUUGAGUCUGUUAUUUAAAAAUGAGAUACUUUGGUGUUAAAUGUCCAAUGUGAUCCACAAAAAAGUCUGUGCAUCUGAUCUGUUAGAAAUAAAUAUCAGAUUUAAAUCCUUAAUCCUCAGCAGGAAUAUUCAAAUGAUCUCCCUGGGUAUAUACCAGCAUCCGUACAUCUGAAAGUAUCUAUCAUGUGCAGACUCUUGGUUUAAGAAAAUCCCAAAUCCUCCCAUGUUUGCUUCACUGUGGCUUCAAAUCCAGUGUUUUGAUCUCACCGCUGCUGUCUUCAUAUGACCUUCAGAACAUGCCUGAGUAUUGCUGUUUGUGAAUUACUGUAUUUGUUGUCAGAAGAUUUUCUGUAAACAAUGUGUCAAAAAGAAAUUGACUUACUGUA